AUGAAGCUUCUAGUACUUCUACCCAACCGCUUGACACUUUCUUCCCGCUCUCUUUUAGUUCUUUCGUCCGUGAAAAUCGACAAGAAUAUGAUAGGGGAUACUUCUGAGAUUGACAACGAUGUUCAAUUGGUUCUUGAGCUUUCUAAAGGAGACCCUUUCUUGGGUAAAAAGAAGAGAAUACUAGAGGUAAUGGGUUUUGAUCCAGAAGGAUCAAUGAGCAUUAGGAGCUCCUUUACUCCUGAUCAGUUAACCUCUUUCUUGGAUAUGAUGAUUCAACGAGCAAGAAUCAUAAACUUAGACGAGGUAGAACUUUAUUUCAGUGAAGAUGCCAUUGAUCUAGGGGGUUUUACUGGUCUGAGGAAUGAGCUUGAAGCUCUAGAUUCAAUCCUCAAAGUCAUUGACAAGGCGCUGUCCAGUGGCAAAUAUGCAACGAUAAAUGUACUGCAAAAUCUACGGGAUGUGACUCUUGAUAGGAUCCAUGAACUAGGAAAGAGAAUUGGUGAAGAGACAAGAAUUCUUAGAGAUUCUAACAGUGACAACGAAAAGUGUCUCUUAGAAUGGGGUGUGAAGAAUGGUGUUAAGACAAAAUUAGAUAUAGCUCAUGUUGAAGGAGCUGGAAGAGGGGCAAUAGCGAGAGAAGACAUAGAAGUUGGAGAUAUUGCUCUGGAGAUUCCUCUAUCUGUCAUCAUUUCUGAGGACCUUUUACAUGAAUCUGACAUGUUCCCAGUCUUGGAGCAAAUUGAUGGGAUUUCUGCAGAGACAAUGUUGCUAUUGUGGAGCAUGAAGGAGAAACACAACCAGGAUUCCAAGUAUAAGUUAUAUUUUGAUACAUUGCCAGAAGAAUUUAACACGGGGUUGAGCUUUGGCGUUGAUGCUGUCAUGGCGUUAGAUGGAACUUUGUUGUUAGAAGAGAUUGUUCAAGCCAAAGAGCAUCUACGGAUCCAAUAUGACGAGUUAUUUCCUGCAUUAUGUGAUUGCCAUCCUGAUGUAUUUCCACGAGAGCUGUAUACAUGGGAGCAGUUCUUAUGGGCUUGUGAGCUUUGGUACUCCAAUAGCAUGAAAGUUAUGUUCAGUGAUGGAAAACUGAGGACCUGCUUAAUUCCUGUUGCUGGCUUUCUUAAUCACUCGAUGUGCCCACACAUAAUGCACUAUGGUCGAAUAGAUUCUACUACAAAUUCUUUAAAAUUCCCGUUGUCAAGACCAUGCAAUGCUGGAGAACAAUGCUUUCUUAGUUAUGGGAACUUCUCUAGUUCUCAUUUGGUAACCUUCUACGGUUUCUUCACUCAAGGAGACAAUCCCCACGAUGUUAUUCCACUUGAUAUUGACGUUCCACAGGAUGAAGAUUGUGAGGACGGAGGGGCAGCUUGUGAAUGGAACACUCACAUGGUUCGGGGAACCUGGUUCUCAAAGAACCAUGCGAUCUUUAAUUAUGGGUUGCCACGACCUUUAUUGAAUCAUCUCCGCGGAGCUCGGACUCCAACAUGGGAGUCGAAUACUCAAACCCGGGAAAACUUAGAAAUUGAACUAGAAGUACUUGGAGACCUUUGCUCUACCUUUGAAGGUAUGAUGGAAGCUCUUGGUGAAGCAACACUGGAUGACAGGGGAACACCCCAGUGGGAUGUAAAGCUUGCAUUGGAGUUCAAAGCUUUACAAAGGAGGAUCUUCUCCUCAAUUUUAACUUCAUGUUACACUGGCCGCAAGUUAUUAGAAUUGGAGUUGCACAAACAUACAGUGUAG